AUGUCUAACGAAGGCAAAAAGCAUCCCACGCUGGAUCACAUCGUCAUCCUAGUAUCUCACAAAACCCUCCUGGGCUUAUCCGACUCCCUCCACAGGCUAUUCACCGUCGCUCCAGGAGGAAACCACGCGGACGGACUCACGUCAAACAAGCUCGUCCUGCUAAAAGACGGUGUAUAUAUAGAAUUCAUCGCAUUUUUCGACCAUGUCGACCCGGAGCGACGCAAGCAGCAUCGAUGGGGAAACCUGAACGAAAACACAAUCAUCGACUGGGCGUUCACAUUCCCUCCAAGAGACGACUUCGACGCCAUCAAGCAGCGAGUACUAGAUACCAAAACUGGCUAUCACUACCAAGAGCCCGAGGCCUGGGGACGGAAGAGAAACGACGGCACGAUGCUGGAGUGGAGACUUAGCGCUCCGGUCGACUCCCAAGACCAUCCGGUCCAGGGCCUUAUACCAUUCUGGGUCCUAGACAAGACUCCUCGGGAGCUGCGUGUUCCUUUCGAAGCGCAGCCUGAGUUGACUGAUCAUCCCUGUCGUGCGAUAGGGGUGUCUUCACUAUCGGUGGCCGUUCCCCAUGGGCGAACCUCUAAUCUAAAGAAAGUGUAUGAAGCCAUUUAUGACUUGCCGGCUCGAAACCAGUGGCCUUAUGAGGUUCCAUCAGACAAGAAAGUCGGAACGCACUGUGUUUCUAUCUUGGAAGAUGAGGAAAUGGCAAUUACGCUCACUCUUAGUGGGCCGGAGCGAAACCGGGCUGAAGUACUGCCGGGGCUUGUAUUUAACAUUGAAUGA